AUGUUCUCAGCCCCGUUUGGUGACCCGAAGCAUAGUGGAAGCCGCUGGCUGCCAGUCCCCUUCACCAAAGCACCCAGUGGGGCCAGAGUACAGGCUGCUGCCCUGGCAGCUCCUGGCCCUGGGCUGGUGUCUCCGAGGUUCAAGAAGAGGAAGCCAGCUCUUCCGGAGACGGUGCUUAGAGACAAUGUCCAGUGUUUGACAUACUAUUGUAGGCUCUCCUACACUACAGCCGCCAACAAAACUAGGCUGUCUCGAACCCCUGGCAACAGGAUUGUUCACCUGUAUACCGAGAAGGUUGGGAAAGCACCUAACUCUGCAUGAGGUGUGUGCCCGGGCAGACUUUGAGGGGUUCGAGCUGGGAGGGCUAAAGUCCUUAGGAGAUUGUUUAAGACAAAGAAGCACAUUAGCAGGGCCUAUGGCGGUUCCAUGUGUGCCAAGUAUGUGCACAACAGGAUCAAGCGGGCUUUCCUUAUUGAGCAGAAAAUCAUUGUGAAAGUGUUGAAGGCACAAGUACAGAGUCAGGAAGCAAAAUAA